AACUUAAGCUUUAAAUUAUUAACAACUGAUCCCUUAGCUAUCACGUGAUUUAAAAUCUUACGUUAAACUUAUCGACAUCCGGGCAACUGAAAGUGCGCGUCACACCGUUGAGGGAGGUCGCCAUAUUUUACAGCGCAGUGCUUAGAAUUUAGUUUUGACUCAUGGCAAUGGAACCUGCACCCGCUGUGGCUCUGCGCCGUCCGUUUGAUCCUGCGGCACACGAGUUGGAUCCUAAUUUCCGACUUACAAAGUUUGCUGACCUGAAGGGAUGAGGGUGUAAAGUCCCUCAGGAAGCACUGCUCAAGCUUCUUGAGGGACUCCAACAGGACAGCAAUGCCCAGGCUCAGGAACAGGCGCAUUUCCAGUAUGUGGCCCAGAUCCCGCGCAUGGGGAUUGGUAUGGAUGCAUCGGUGACACCACUUCGACACGGUGGUCUGUCUCUUGUGCAGACAACAGAUUUCUUCUAUCCAUUGGUAGAUGAUCCCUACAUGAUGGGCAAGAUAGCUUGUGCUAAUGUAUUGAGUGAUCUCUAUGCAAUGGGAGUGACAGACUGUGACAACAUGUUGAUGUUACUGGCUGUCAGUCAGAAGAUGUCAGAAAAGGAGAGGGACGUUGUGGUACCUAUGAUGAUGAGGGGCUUCAAGGAUCUAGCUGAGGAAGGAGGAACUAGUGUAACUGGAGGUCAAACUGUGAUGAACCCGUGGUUAACUGUUGGUGGUGUAGGGACAACAGUCUGUCAGCCAAAUGAGUUCAUCAUGCCAGACAAUGCAGUGGUCGGUGAUGUUCUAGUUUUGACUAAACCUCUAGGAACACAAGUUGCUGUCAAUGCCUACCAAUGGUUAGAUCAACCUGAACGCUGGAACAGAAUAAAACUUGUUGUCACAGAAGAUGACGUCCGAAAAGCCUACCAGCGUGCAAUGUUUAGUAUGGCAAGACUUAAUAGAACAGCUGCAAGACUAAUGCAUAAGUUCAAUGCCCAUGGUGCAACAGAUGUGACAGGAUUUGGCUUGCUGGGUCAUGCCAAGAAUCUGGCGUCCAUCCAGAAAAAUGAGGUUUCUUUUGUGAUCCAUAAUUUGCCAGUCAUUGCAAAAAUGGCGGCCAUCAGCAAGGCUUGUGGGAACAUGUUUGGUCUUCUCCAAGGACAGUCAGCAGAAACCUCUGGGGGCCUUUUGAUAGCAUUGCCAAGGGAACAAGCAGCAGCCUUCUGUAAGGACAUUGAAAAACAAGAAGGUUAUCAGUCAUGGAUCAUAGGUAUUGUGGAGAAAGGAAACAGAACAGCACGCAUCAUCGACAAGCCUCGAGUCAUUGAAGUACCUGCCAAAGACCGUGAAGGAGAACUUUGGUAGCCAAUGUUCAAACUUUUAACCAACUGCAGUCAUGUGUAUAUAUAAACAUUCCUUCAUUAAGCGCCUUUAUUAAGACAAUUUUAUUCUCAAAAGAAGACUUAGUUCUUUUGUCUUAACAGUCUCCACACAGAUUGCAUUGAAACAUAUGUCUUCAGUUAUAAAGUGUUUUCUAACACAGACUAGUUCUUACAAUUU